AUGAAGAGAUUCUAUGGAGGGCUUCUUGUUGCAUCAAUGUUCAUGUUCUUGACCGUAUACAGAUACGUCGACUUGAAAACUCCAGUAGAGAAGCCUUACAUCACUGCCUCUGUCAUCACUCCCAACACCACCACUCUCCCUCUCGAAUGGCUCUGGAUUACACUCCCUGACUUCAUGAACGAAGCGAGGAACACUCAAGAAGCGAUCUCCGGCGACGACAUCACCACCGUCUCGGGUCUUUUCGCUGAGCAGAACGUCUCCCAAGAGCCUCUGCUUACAUGGAACCGUCUUGAGAGCCUUGUGGAUAACGCCCAGAGCUUGGUAAACGGAGUGGAUGCUAUCAAAGAAGCUGGCAUUGUUUGGGAGAGCCUCUUGUCUGCUGUUGAAGCCAAGAAGCUAUCUGAUGCAAACGAAAACCAAACGAGGAAAGGGAAUGAGGAGCUGUGUCCUCAGUUUCUUAGCAAAAUGAAUGCUACUGAAGCUGAUGGAAGUAGCUUGAAGUUGAAAAUCCCUUGCGGGUUAACUCAAGGCUCCUCCGUUACGGUUAUUGGCAUCCCUGAUGGUCUUCUUGGUAGCUUCCGGAUUGAUCUAACAGGACAACCUCUUCCAGGGGAGCCUGAUCCUCCCAUUAUUGUACAUUACAAUGUCAGGCUGCUUGGUGAUAAGUCGACUGAGGAUCCUGUCAUUGUGCAGAACAGCUGGACGGCGUCUCGUGAUUGGGGCGCUGAGGAGCGGUGUCCAAAUCUUGAUCCUGAUUUGAAUAAGAAAGUUGAUGACUUGGACCAAUGUGACAAGGUGGUGGGUAGAGAAGUUAACCGGACUUCUUCUUCCACUAGCUUCUUGCAGUCCAACACUUCUAAGGAAGAAGCUUCUAAGCGUGAAAGAUAUUUUCCUUUCAAGCAAGGUUUCUUAUCGGUUGCUACACUUAGGGUGGGAACAGAAGGAAUGCAGAUGACGGUUGAUGGGAAACAUAUAACCUCAUUCGCUUUCCGCGAUACGUUAGAGCCGUGGCUUGUGAGUGAAGUACGGAUUUCAGGUGAUUUGAAGUUAAUAUCCAUUCUUGCCAGCGGCUUACCAACGUCAGAAGAAUCAGAUCACGUUGUUGAUCUAGAGGCGUUGAAAGCGCCUCCUCUUUCACCGUUGAGGCCACUAGAUCUCGUUAUUGGCGUUUUCUCCACGGCAAACAACUUUAAAAGACGGAUGGCUGUGAGAAGAACAUGGAUGCAAUAUGAUGAUGUGAGAUCUGGAAGAGCUGCAGUACGGUUUUUCGUUGGCCUCCACAAAAGUCCUAUAGUUAACCAGGAGCUAUGGAAUGAGGCUCGGACUUACGGUGAUGUUCAGCUAAUGCCCUUUGUUGAUUACUACAGUCUCAUCAGUUGGAAAACACUAGCUAUAUGCAUCUUUGGGACAGAGGUUGACUCGGCCAAGUUUAUCAUGAAAACGGAUGAUGAUGCCUUUGUUCGUGUUGAUGAAGUGCUGCUUUCUUUGUCUAUGAUCAACAACACUCGCGGGUUGAUAUAUGGACUGAUCAAUUCCGACUCUCAACCUAUUCGAAACCCCGAGAGCAAAUGGUACAUCAGUUAUCAGGAAUGGCCAGAAGAGAAAUACCCUCCAUGGGCGCAUGGUCCAGGCUACAUUGUGUCUCGGGACAUAGCAGAAUCGGUUGCUAAGCUUUUCAAAGAAGGAAACCUAAAGAUGUUUAAGCUAGAAGAUGUAGCGAUGGGGAUAUGGAUCGCUGAUCUGGAGAAACGUGGACUCGUAGAGCCUCACUACGAGAACGAUGGAAGAAUCAUUAGUGAUGGAUGCAAAGAUGGUUACGUGGUUGCUCAUUACCAAAGUCCUGCAGAAAUGACUUGCCUCUGGCGUAAAUACCAAGAAACCAAACGCUCUCUCUGCUGCCGCGAUUGGUAA